AUGGCGCCAUUGCGGAGAUAUCUUCGAAUCACAAAGCACUCAGUCCUCGAAGUGCGUAUCUACCUCGACCGACCGUCCGACGGAGAGGCAUGGCUACUGAAGCGCGACGAUGCAGCGUUGCCACGCGUCAUCCAGGCCGUACGCCCGCUGGUUCUACCCAAGCUCCGCGAGGAGAACGGAAGAGGUAAAGGCCGCGGUGGUGCUAGAGCAAAGAAGAAGGGCGUGAAGGAUGUUGUGAUCCAAGAUGAUUUUGAGGUAUCUAUUUUCUUGACGGAACUUUCCUGCCGGCAUUCCGUCCUCUCAAAGCAGAAGAUCUUCAAAGACAGGGCCCGCAUCCAGAGUAACUCGGGUAAACUCACUAGCUGGCUGACCACCACCACGGCCACGGGAACUAUCGACGAACCAGUGGUAAUCAACGAAGAUAUAGCACCGCCAAUCGUGAUUAGGGAAGAGGACGGCGACGAGCCUGCUGACCUUUCCAAUAUCCCCGAGGCCAAGUCGGUGGAAAAGCAACGCAGGUAUACAGCGCACCAAAACCGCCGGAGUGACACCCGAAGUGCUGACAUUUGCAGCCAUUGGAGCAAUGGCGAGAGUUUGGACAUGUCUAUCUCUGGAGCAGAGAUAACCAAGGCGGGCGCGAGCAACGCGGGACAUGACAGCGGCGACGGGCCGCGUGCAGAUGAUAAGAAGAAACUGGGACUCAAUACGUCUUACGAUGGUUUUAGCAUAUAUGGACGCAUUCUGUGUUUGGUGGUCAAGCGCCGCGGCGGGCGCAAGCCUACUUCUGCAGCUUCUAGCCAGGCUAUACUGGAAACGUGGGUCUCGACACAAGCGGUGAAGGACCACGUCGAUGACGAUGAAGAUGCGGUCUGA